UGAUUUCUAUUUAAUUGUCUAUCUUUACACGAGAAAUCGGAGGAAGAGGAUAAGCCAUGGCGGCGGACGCCCAGCGCUCGCUGCGCUCCUCCCCCUCGUUCGGCCUCCACCGCAUGGACGAGAUCGAGAAGGUGUUCGCCCGCUACGACGCCAACGGCGACGGUCGGAUCUCCGCCUCCGAGCUCGACGACGUCUUCCGCGCCCUCGGCUCCACCGCCUCCCCCGCGGAGAUACGCGACAUGAUCGCCGAGAUGGACGCCGACGGAGACGGCUUCGUCGACCUCCAGGAGUUCGCUGAUUUCCACCGCCGCGGCGUCGGCGGCGCAGACGUCGACAAGGAGCUGAGGGAGGCGUUCGACGUGUACGACCUAGACGGCAACGGGCUGAUCUCCGCGGAGGAACUCCAUCGGGUGCUGAAGCAGCUCGGGGAAAAGUGCUCCGUCAAGGAUUGCACGCGGAUGAUCCGAUCCGUCGAUGUGGAUGGCGAUGGGAACGUCAACUUUGAGGAGUUCAAGAGGAUGAUGGCCAACGGCGGCGUCGGACGGAGAUGAAGUCCUCUGCUUCCGUCGGCGGCCGAGGGACCCCUGUUUGAUUGGAGAAAUAGGGCGACUGGGACUAACGAUCUGACGUCAUAGGUUAGCAUUUAGAAUUGUAUCUAAAGAACUAAUUUGGCGUUGGUUUGUGUAUUACUUAGUCUUGGAUCUGGUAAACCUUUAUUGCUUCGAUCAGAUCGCGCAUGUUCCGAUUGCUGUUUAUAAUUUAAAGGCAUAUUUUAGUCCUUAAGUGUUAUUGGAUUUUUAAACAA